AUGGAAAGGAAUAGAAGUAAAACAAUGAAAGUGAUCUCCGCAGAAUGUUUAUAUUUACCGGAUGAUUGCUGGGAACAUGUAUUCACAUUUCUCAAAGACAGUGAAGAUGACUAUCAUCAUAAUCCUUGCCUGAAGUCUAUGUCCCUCUGUGAUAAGAACUUGUUCUCCAUCAUCGACAGUGAUGAUUACGACGAGUAUGAUCAUAAUCGUAACCUGAAGUCUCUCUCCGUAGUCUCUAAGCAAUUCUUCUCCAUCACUAACCGUCUCCGAUUGUCUCUCACUGUGUACGAUCCAACACUCCCUUUCCUCUCCCGCCUCUUCCAUAGAUUCACAAAUCUUACCUCCCUCGAUCUCACUCACUUCCCUGGAGACCUCGACCUACUUCUCCGUCAAAUCUCUCUUUUUCCAUUGAAACUCACAUCACUCAAUCUCUCUCACAAAACCAUCAUUAUUCCCGCUAAUGGCUUGCGAGCUUUCUCCCAAAAUAUUACAACUCUAACCUCUCUCAUUUGUUCCAACUUACCUUCCUUCACAAGCAACCACUUGUUCCUCGUUGCAGAAUGUUUCCCUUUACUCCAAGAACUCGAUCUCUCUGACCCCAUUUUAAAGAUCAAGGAUUACCAUUGCAAUAAAAGUAGCUUUCUUGAUGGGGUUGAGGCUCUUUCAUUGUCACUUUCCAAACUCCGCAAGAUUAAUCUCUCUAGCCACUUAUAUAUCAAUGACAAGUCCAUUUUUCACUUGUUUAACAACUGUAAGCUUCUCCAAGAGGUCAUCUUGCCUCACUGUCAUGAAAUAACCAAAGAAGGAGUUGCUUCUGCUCUCAGUGAGAAACAAUCAACAUUGAGGUAUUUAUCCCUUCCCCUGUUCCGUGCUGCACAAGUCAUCAACUCGUUGUUGAGUUUGAAGGGGUUGACUUAUAUUGAUAUGAAAUUUUCUACUAUUUCGGAUGCACUGCUCACCUCUAUUGCAAUGGAAGGUCUUCCUUUGAAGAGGAUUGGCAUCGGUUAUUGCAAAGGAUAUACUUAUACUGGACUAUUUACUUUGUUAUCCAAAUGUCAAUCUAUCCAAUAUUUGGAUCUUCAGUUCACCGAGUUUUUGAAUGAUCUUCAUGUUGUGGACUUGUCUUUAUAUCUUGUUGGUUUGGUUUCUGUAAACCUUAGUUUAUGUCGCAUGGUCACAGAGUCAUCCUUGUUUGUACUAGUUAGGAAAUGUCCUUCACUUAGUCAGAUCAUAAUGAUAGGUAUUGCGGUUAAGAGUAUUCAGAAUUAUGACUAUUUGAUGGAUUUUGGAGUAUACCCUCAAUUACAGUCUCUCAACAUGUCUAACCAUUUAUGGUUAGGUGAUGAAAGCAUCAAAAUGUUUGCUUCUGCUUUUCCCAAUCUCCACCGGCUUGACUUGAACUCUUGCAUCAAAAUAUCUGAUGAAGGUAUUGUUCAUGUAUUAAGGACAUGCCGUAAGAUAAGCCAUUUGAAUUUAUCAUCUUCAUGGUUGAAGCUACUUGGAAUGAACUAUGAACUUCCCAAGCUUAAGGUUUUGAACUUAUCAGGUUCAAAAGCCGAUGAUGAAACACUCUAUUCAAUCUCAAAUAAUUGUUGUGGGCUUUUGCAAUUGUUCUUAAAUAGUUGUUACGUAUGCACAGAGAAGGGAGUGAAACAUGUUGUAGAAAAAUGCACACAACUGAGAGAGAUCCAUUUGAGAUACUGUUUCCAUUUCAGUGAAAGUGAGAGGAAACUCUUCUUGCGUCGAGGAUGCGUUGUUUGCUGA